GUCAUCGCCAGUUUUCUUGGGAGACAUGGGAAAGGAAGUGUUUUCCUUAAGGAUGGAGGUCAUGCAAUCAAAAGCAACGAUCUAAUACAACUGCAGAAAGUUUCCAUCUUCAAGGAGAGAGAGUGACCAUAUAGCAUUUUUGCGGGGACGAAAAGAGAACCCAUGUAACUGACUAUUUGACUUAUAAAAAUGUCUGCGAAGGGAGCUCAACUUCACGAUGAAAGUGGCAACGUACCUACCAAAGGAGGAGGAGGAAACAGUAUUAGUGCCGAUUGGGAUUCUGAUUGCUGUCAUCGAAAGGAAGAAGAUCAGUUAGUUCUAGCCAAGAGCCCUACGCGUAAAGAUAGACAGGGAAGUGACGAUGUUCCAUCUUUACAGCGAAAAAGUUGCAGACGUAAACCGCGGUGGUGUACUCUAGAACAACUCCAGAAAACCAGUGGCAAACAGUUUGGCGACACUGUAGAGACUCCAAAGUCGGAAAGGAAUCUUGGUCACAGCACUAAGAUGCAACACCAACCUAAAAACAAUAGAAAAUCUUUUACAAGUGACGUUCACAUAACGUCUACUCAGGACGCCCAAAAAGGGCUGCCCACUUCCGGUGUUAAGAGCAAGAAAAUGAAGAAACUAAGGGAAGCAAUUGAAAGAGAAUAUCGGAGGACUGAGGCAGUCCUUCCAAUGUACGAGAAAAAAAACGAAAUUGUUCAGCUCAUAACGGAAAAUCAGGUCUGCGUUAUUCUUGGAGAAACCGGAUCAGGUAAAAGUACACAGAUGACCCAAUAUUUGUACGAGGCUGGUUUUUCUGAGAAGGGUUUAAUCGUUUGUACCCAGCCACGUAAAGUUGCUGCGACAAGCUUAGCAUCCCACGUCGCUCGAGAAAUGGGGAGCACUGUUGGAAAAGUAGUGGGCUGCCGUGUUGGAGGAAAUGUUCAAGCAAGUAAAGAGAUGACUGGUAUUGUGUACGUUACAGACCACAUUCUCCUCAAUGAGUGCCUAAAGGAUCCUAAGCUGUCCAAGUAUUCUUGCAUAAUAAUUGAUGAAGCACAUGAACGAAGUCUUUACUCGGACCUGCUUCUUGGCAUGAUCAAGAAAAGCCUUACUCAGCGUCCUGAGCUGCGAGUGGUCAUAACCUCAGCUACCAUUGAUCCUUCUAUCUUCGUGGCAUAUUUUGACCAAUGUCCAGUACUGAAAGUGUCCGGCAGAAUGUUUCCCGUCGAUGUAAUUUGGAAAGAUGGUCCGUCUUCCAACGUUGAAAAUUAUCUUCAAGAGGCUGUAAAAACAGCUCGCGAAAUUCACCACAGGGAGGAUCCAGGGGACAUUCUUGUGUUUCUGACUUCUCCAGCAGAAACGGAACGUGCUUGUGAAAUGUUAACAAAGGUUGAGCGGGAUGCUAACCUAGUUUGUCUUAAUCUCCAUGGAAAGCUACGUCAAGAAGAGCAAAAGAAAGUGUUCGAAGAAGCCGGAGACAAACGUAAGGUGGUAUUUGCUACCAACUGUGCGGAAACCUCUAUCACCAUUCCCGGGAUAAAGUAUGUAGUGGACACUGGUAUGGUGAAGGAAAUGAAGUUCGAACCGAAACGCAAGAAAAGUUCUUUAGAGGUAACAACCAUCAACAAAAGUUCUGCUGAACAGCGAAAAGGAAGGGCAGGAAGGAUACAAGCAGGGAAGUGCUUUAGACUCUACAGCCAAGAGGAGUACGAGGCAAUGGAAGACCAAUCAAAACCAGAGAUCCUAAGGGUUCAUCUUGGUCAGGUCGUGCUGAAGCUGAUGGAACUUGGCAUUGAAGAUGUCAGAGACUUUGAUUUUGUGGAAUCGCCAUCUUUUGACUCAAUAACCCUUGCAUUAGAGUUGUUGAAUUCUCUUGGUGCGAUAACAAACGGAAGACUUACACAGUUGGGAGGCAAAAUUGCUCGUGUUCCGCUAGAGCCACGCUUGGCAAAGGUCCUAUUUGAAGGCAUUGACAAAGGUGUAGGUGCAGAUGCGUUAGCGUUGGUAGCCAUUGCAACUGCAGGUGGGAGCGUUUUCUUCCGCAUGGGAAGCGGAGAGGAGAAGCAGGCAGCUGACUGCAGAAAAGUUUGUUUCUGCCUGAAUGGCGGUGACCUACUGACGUUGUUAGAAGUGUACAGGCAAUACCUCAAGCAACCGAAAGAUUUACCUAAACGAAACAAAUGGGCGGUUGCCAACAGCUUUAAUGCAAAGUCGCUUCGAAUGACAGACGGGACCAUCAAAGAGCUCAAGCUGACGUUAAAGCAUGAAUUGGGCGUAACGAUCCCGGAUACGUUGCAGCAAGACGAGAACACUGAUGUGAAACUUCAAAAGAUUUUGUUGUCUUGUUAUGCCACCAACUUAUGCGUAUUUACUGGCCACGAGAAAACAGGAUACAGAGUGUUGUCUUCAAACCAGUGUGUUCAAGUGCAUCCAUCGUCAGCACUUAAGUAUCUUGGGGCAACGCCUCAGUUCAUCGUCUUUGACCAACUGCUCAAAACGUCUCGUGACUUUGUCGUCAACGUUACCACUGUGGAAGAGACGUGGCUGCGGGAAAUGAUUUCUACAGGAGCUCUCAAGUAUGACUUGGAAAACCUACUUUCAACUGUACUGACCGAAAUGGUAGUGCCAUGCAGUACAGAGCUCAUGAAGUUAACGUUUGAAGGAUGCAGAGGAGGAAAUCUUAAUCAAAUCGAGAGGAAAAUCGCGAAGUCAUGCGAUGACAGCUUAGUUGUGUUAGAGGAGGACAGAGUUCGUGGGCAAAUAAAAGUAUUCGUUCCUCCAAAGUACACGGCGAAAGCUCUGUCAAUGAUGGAGAGUAUCUUGGAGGAAAGCAGAAAGAUACUGAGGAGUGAGGAAAGAGAGGAGCCUCUGAAAGAAGAAUCUUUGGGAAACAGAAUUGUUUGGGGACAAGGCGGUGAAAUAUACGAAGUACUGAUGCCGGACAUGUACAGAACUGUCACGGUUGAUGAGAUAGAAGAUGGCAACGCAGUGGCUGUAUUAGAUCACCUUAAAACCUUUGGAGACGUAGUGAGGCACAGUUUUAAGGAGCAGAAUGGUAAAAUGGGCAUUUUUGUAACUUUCAAACGUUCUAAGGAUGCGAUUAACGCAGUGAAAAGCUCUUCCAACUCCUCUCUGGAAACUGACGUAAAAGUAAAGCCAGGAUUUAUGAUGUCCAGUAGCAUCCAAAGAAGUGUUUCUCCGUUUGAAGCGAAAGCCAAGUGGAUCCGACGUCGCGGUAAAGGUACAGCAUCUGUGGAAUUUCACAACUGUCAAGAUUUUUAUCGCACGCUUGGUAGAAUACCAUCACUUAUGAUUAAGUCAGAGGUUAUUAUUUUCCAAACGGAUAAGGUUCGCGAACAUCAGAUAUUCCUGAAAGGACUCCACCCCGACACGUCAGAGGAGGACGUAAGGUCUGCUAUCGAAGAGAGACUCCCUGUGGUUAAAGUGAAGAAAGUUUAUAUUUCCCGAACUUCAGAAUUUGAAACACCUGCCAGAACUAUCUAUGCACAGAGGGCUUCCUUGCAGGAACGUCUCAGCGUCUUGGCGACAGAAGGCCAGUUUUCAAUAGACUUGAAAAAGCCUUCUCCCAAAGAUUUUGAGGGAUAUGCUUACCUAUCAUUUCAAGAUCCUGAAGAGGGUCAAGCAGCCAUAAGAGCUCUUAAUGGAACGCAUGUUCCUGGUAUCGGAGUUGUAACCCUGCAUCCCAACCAUGCAACAGUCUUGCUAUGUGACAGAAACGUUUACGCAGCCAUCAGAGGUGAAUUCGAAGAAACAAUCGACACUUUAGACGUAACAUUUAACACAAGACUGAAUGUGAAAGUCAAAGAUCAGCCAAAGCAUAAGCGUGUUGUCAUACAAAUACAAAGUAACUGUACGGAACACUUCAUAUGUGCUAGCACUGCUUUAACCAAAAUUGUCAAUGGUGAUGAAAUUGACUGCAAAAUUUCUAAAAACCUGGAGAUUCUAUUAACUAACUCAGCGAAAGACGUACUUCAAACAAUUGAGAGGGACAGUAGAACCGUGAUCAAUCAAGAUUGGAAGAACGAGGUUGUCAGAAUUUAUGGACCCAAAAUAAACCGAGAAUCAGCAAAACAAGCUAUAAACAAGUUUCUUGAUGAUUCCAUCGCUGGCAAUAGCCACUCUUGGCAGAUUUAUCUUCGAGGGCCCAACAAGCCCCGCGGACUGCUGAAAGCUCUGUUUAUAAGGUUUGGUGCUAAUCUGCAAGGAUUACGAGACAUAAAUGGUGUCCAGAAGAUCCAUGUUGAAUUUAGAAACCACGUACUCAUCAUAGAGAGUUCAGACGAGGCUGAAAAACUAAUCAACAGUUACGUGGAGGAAUGCUGCAAAAAUCCUCCCCAAGAAUUGUUUCCUGUACAACAAGACCACGAAACCCAAUUAAUUUGUGGUAUAUGUCUAUGCGAUUUGGAUACAAAAGCAGGUGUGUACCGACUUGCUUGCUGUGGUCACGCCUACGAUAAGAGCUGUGUCAUUCAACAACUCAAGUCACCAGAAUUUCCACUGAAGUGUGUCAUGGAACAAUGUGGAGAGCCUCUUGUUUGGAAGGAUUUGCGAAACUUGUUGAAUGACCGUGAAAGAAAGAGGCUCGCUUUAACCGCAUUGGGUGAGUACGUCAAAAAAAAUCCUGAAAUUGUGAAAUACUGUCCAACAGCGGGCUGUGACAUGGUAUACUGUGUCUCAACUGAUGAGAGACCCUUCACCUGUGAUGCAUGUCUAGCUCAAACCUGCACAUCUUGUCAUGUGCAAUGGCACAGCGGGCUCACGUGCGCUGAGUUCAAAUCGGAAGUGCAAGCAGAGGGACGUCUCCUGGAGUGGAUGAUGAAGGACCCAAGAAAUAGUAAGAAAUGUCCUAAAUGCAAGACAUGGAUUGAGAAGAAUCAGGGAUGUAAUCACAUAGAGUACAUGUGUUGGCUGUGCCUGCAGGUGUUUCCAACCAGGAACGAUGUGUACGAUUAUUGACACUUUCCAAAUAAUACUGCAGCAUGAAUACAAUACUGUUUAUGCAGACAUACCCUUGACAAUUAAAGUCAUUGGUUGAUAUUUCAUUUUUAGUGGUUUUGAACUUUUCACGUUGAGGACAUUGCUUCAGAAGUUGUUCAGUGAUAAACUAGACUUAGUAGAUGGCUUGAAAAUUGCCUAUGAAUGAUGAAAAUGGACAAGUCACUAAACAAUAUUUUUGUUAGAACAUGUAGUCAGUUUAGAAAGGGGAGAGCACUCAGUUCUCUCCUCGAGUGUACAUAAUUUCACUCUUAUUCUUUUAUGUCUGUAAGAUUAUUUCUUGGUUGUAAGGUUCAGAUGAAGGGCACUAUGGUAGUGGGUAGUAUGAUAAUUGAAGGACAGAAGUUUGAACCAGAAGCCCUGUCUGUGUAGUCCUUUAAUUAUAAAGAUGACACUUAAUUAUUUCUGAGUUCUAAGCCAUUUUAUUUGGAUGCAUUAUGCAGCUAAACUGGUACCUUGAGUAUAUAAUAACUCUUCAGUUUAUUAUAAAACUCUUGAUUGGUCACUAAUGAGUCCAUACAUGUAAAUAAGUAACAGAGUGCAGUACAGGAAUUCUGCAUUGCACUUUGUUGAAGUAAAAGCUUUUAAAAGUCAACAAAAAUUACUGAUUUCUAAAAUAGUUACAAAAGCAUACAGCUAGUGUUUUCCUCCACAGUUAUUGUUGUAAUGGACCAAUUAGAGAAAAGCGUGAUCAUUUUCCCAGUUUUUCUUGGUAAGUGGUGCGCAGUGCAUAGUUUAAUUCUAUGUUAUAUGUAUCACUUUGUUUGAGUUGCCAGAGCUUUGAAUUAAUGGUAGUUUAGCACUGUAAAUUGUUUGUUUGCCAACAUUUUCAUUAUAGACAAAAAAAAAGUCAUAAAAGACAUAAGGUAAUAAAAGGUUUUAGAAAUUGAUAAAGUUUGCACUAUUUGAACCUUAAAAAAAAAUUAAUUGAUUUCCAGCAGAAUUUUCCCAAAUUGUUCUUGGUCUGUUUUAGGUUCCCUAAACAACAGCAUGCAACCCACAUUUCUAGGUUUCCAACAUUUUCUAUAUAAAUUAAUAGGUAACAUAUUUUUUUUAAUUUCCUGCACUUAGUUUCACUGACUAUUUAUGUUGGCCCUGAAUUUAUUUCUACCUUACCAA